AUGGCCGCCUCUUCCUCCUUUUUCCGGUCUUCCUCCCCUUCCUCCACCGCCGUCGCCGCUGCUGCAUCCCUCCCCCGCAACCAAGCCAACUCCCAAUUCCGCAUCCCAAGCUCUGCCCCCUGCCCCCGCCUCCGCCGCUUCCCUGCCGUAAUCUCCUGCACAUCAUCCACCCUCGACCCCGCCCCUUCCUCCAACUCCGUCAAGCCCCGCCGCCCCGCCGACGAGGACAUCCGCGACGAGGCCCGCCGCCACCGCGCCGCCUCUGCGGCCAACACCUUAUCGGCCAGAUACGUUCCGUUCAACGCCGGCCCCGACUCCGAUGAGUGGUACUCCCUCGACGAGACCGUGUACCGGAGCCGGUCGGGGGGAUUGCUGGACGUCCAGCACGACAUGGACGCGCUGAAAAAUUUCGACGGCGCGUACUGGCGGGACCUGUUCGACUCCCGCGUCGGGAAGACGACGUGGCCGUACGGGUCCGGGGUCUGGUCCAAGAAGGAGUGGGUGCUCCCCGAGAUCCACCCGGACGACAUCGUCUCCGCCUUCGAGGGCAAUUCCAACCUCUUCUGGGCCGAGCGUUUCGGCAAACACCUGGUGGGCAUGAACGACCUGUGGGUGAAGCACUGCGGGAUCAGCCACACGGGGAGCUUCAAGGACCUGGGGAUGACGGUUCUGGUCAGCCAGGUGAACCGCCUCCGGAAAUUGAACCGCUACCCGCUCGUCGCCGUGGGCUGCGCCUCCACCGGCGACACCUCCGCCGCGCUCUCCGCCUAUUGCGCCUCCGCGGACAUCCCUUCCAUCGUCUUCCUCCCUGCCAACAAGAUCUCCAUGGCGCAGCUGGUCCAGCCCAUCGCCAACGGCGCCUUCGUCCUCAGCAUCGACACCGACUUCGACGGGUGCAUGAAGCUGAUCCGAGAGGUCACCUCCGAGCUCCCCAUCUACCUCGCCAAUUCGCUCAACAGCCUGCGGCUCGAAGGCCAGAAGACCGCCGCGAUCGAGAUCCUGCAGCAAUUCGACUGGGAAGUCCCCGAUUGGGUCAUAAUUCCAGGGGGGAAUCUCGGCAACAUCUACGCCUUGUACAAAGGAUUCAAAAUGUGCCAGGAGCUCGGCCUCGUCGACCGAAUCCCCCGCCUGGUCUGCGCGCAGGCUGCAAACGCCAACCCGCUCUACCUGCAUUUCAAAUCCGGGUGGGGGACGGAUUUCAAGCCGGUGAAUGCGACCACCACGCUCGCCUCCGCGAUUCAGAUCGGCGACCCUGUUUCGAUCGACAGGGCGGUCUACGCCCUGCAGAAAUCGAACGGGAUCGUCGAGGAGGCGACCGAGGAGGAGCUGAUGGAUGCGAUGGCCAAGGCCGACUCCACUGGGAUGUUCAUUUGCCCCCACACCGGUGUCGCCCUGGCUGCGCUGAUCAAGCUGAGGAAGAGCGGGGUCAUAGGGCCGAGCGACCGGACCGUGGUGGUCAGCACGGCGCACGGGCUCAAGUUUUCCCAGUCCAAGAUCGAUUACCAUUCCAAGGCCAUCCCGGAGAUGGCUUCUCGGUUCGCUAACCCGCCGGUGGAAGUGAAGGCCGACUUCGGGUCGGUGAUGGAUGUGUUGAGGAACUACCUGAGAGAUAAACCUCCCAAGUAA